CAGACCCAAUUCGUCACAUCUCAGAUCGGAUAAUCCGACCAAACCGGGAGAAAUCCAUCGGAUGGCGCUCUUGACGCCUCGCAGCGCGCGCGCCGGGAGCUGUCCGCGGUCCUGAAACUACAGAGGAGCGGUUUCAGCUUUUAAGACUCUUCCCCCGAAGCCGCGGCACCGCGUUCGACGUUCCCGUCGAGCCACAGAGACGGCGCGAUUCCCAAAGGAGCCGAAAGCGAUGGCUCCCCUCGCAGAAAACGCCGGUCGUGCCGCUGAAUCGAUCCGGCGUCGUCGCGCGCUGCGCGGGGACUCCUGACGCGUCCGUUGCCCCCUCGCGAGCCUCGCCGACACUUAAGAUACGGACCCAGACUUGGAUUACUCCUUGACGCUAUUCGGAAACUAUCGCGAACAAGGAGUUCGACGUCGCCCCGCCGAUCUCCGGAUCGCUUUCUUCUCGCAACUUCAUCAAAGAGCUCGCAGACAGAAUUAGGGCUGCUACUUUAAACUCGCGUUUUAAGAAACGCUGACAGUUAAAGCCAACCAUGCGUUUUGCGUUUCGCAUGUCGUUAAACAGCCGGCGCGAAAAAUGAUCGCUGUAAAUAGCGAGUGUAUAACUAUGACGAGAAGAUGCCUGCUGACGUUCAAACCGUUCAGGAUAUUUGUGGCUGGGAUCGGUUUCUUCAGUCUCUGCUUCUUAAUGACCUCUCUUGGGGGGCAGUUCUCGGCCAAGCGACUGGGCGAUUCCCCAUUCAGCAUCCGAACUGAAGUGCUGGGCGGUCUGGAGUCUCGCGGGGUCCUGAGAAAGAUCAGCGAUAUUGAGAUCAUCAUGAAGAGGAUCGACACCCUAUCAAAAAUGAACAACAGCAGCGAGUCCCACAGACUGGAGGAGUUGAGCUCUGCUCUCCACAGAUUCCAGCCGGUGGGUCUGGUGGAGCGAAUCCAGGCCAUCGCCCAGAAUGUCUCUGACAUGGCUGUUCGAAUGGAGCAGAUUCUGAAGAAGACUAACAUCCCCGCCAGAGGCCGAGAUGGAGUUACAGGCCAGUGCGAAGUCCCGAAGGAUCCCAGGUACCCGGAUUGCGCUAGCAAAGUGGAUUGGAUGAGAGCCAGGUGGACAUCGGACCCUUGCUACUCCUUUUAUGGAGUAGACGGCUCCGACUGCUCUUUCCUCAUCUACCUUAGUGAAGUCGAGUGGUUCUGCCCCCCGCUGGCCUGGAGGAAUCAAAGCAGCCACCCCACAACCGGCAGCCUGCCAAAAAGACAGGCAUAUUUCCGCUCAGAUCUGUCUCUACUGUUGGAGCGGGUCGGCUCGGGCAAAGAAUCUCUAAGCUUCAUGAGGAGGCGUAUGCGCAGGCUGGCUGCGCAGUGGGCUGCAGCUGCACGCAGACUUGAUGAGCGUCUGCGCAGUCAGUACAGAGAACAGAAGAGGAUCUUGGUGCACGUGGGCUUUCUCACAGAGGAGUCUGGUGAUGUGUUCAGUCCAAAGGUGCUGAAGGGUGGCCCGCUCGGAGAGAUGGUCCAGUGGGCAGACAUCCUGACCACCCUUCAUGUGCUGGGACAUAACCUCAAGAUAUCACUCUCAGUCAAAGAACUGCAGGGGUCACUUGGCGUACCUCCAGGAAGAGGAAGCUGUCCUCUGAUUGGCCCGUUGCCCUUUGACCUGAUCUAUACAGACUACCACGGCCUGCAGCAGAUGAAACAGCACAUGGGACUUUCCUUUAGACAGCACAGGUGCCACAUCCGCGUGAUCGACACAUUCGGCACGGAGCCAGCGUACAAUAAUGAGGAAUAUGCCACCCUGCAUGGAUACAGGACCAACUGGGGAUAUUGGAACCUCAACUGCAAACAAUACAUGACCAUGUUCCCCCACACUCCCGAUAACUCGUUCAUGGGUUUUGUGACCGAGGAACUGAACCAAACCGAACGGUUCAACAUAAAGCGGGACAAAGUCAACAACAUGGCGGUGGUUUACGGCAAAGAGGCCAGCAUGUGGAAGGGUAAGGAGAAACUCCUGACAAUCUUACACCGCUACAUGGACAUCCACGGGACAGUGUACUAUGAGGCCCAGAGGCCCCCAGAGGUGCCCGCUUUUGUCAGGAACCACGGUUUACUGCCCCAGCAGGAGCUACAGCAGCUUCUGAGGAAGGCUAAGCUCUUCUUGGGGUUUGGCUUUCCCUAUGAGGGCCCCGCCCCUUUAGAGGCAAUAGCCAAUGGCUGCGUGUUCCUGCAGCCAAUGUUUAGCCCUCCUCGCAGCUCCCUCAACCACGAGUUCUUCAGAGGGAAGCCUACGUCCAGAGAGGUGUCAUCUCAGCACCCGUACACUGAACAGUACAUCGGCAAACCCCACGUCAUAACAGUAGACUUCAACAACUCUCAAGAAUUCGAGACAGCUGUUCAAGAUAUUCUCAAAGAGAAGGUGGAGCCCUUAUUACCGUAUGAGUACACUUGCGAGGGCAUGCUGGAGAGAGUGAACGCUUACAUCACACACCAGGAUUUUUGCAGCCGCAGCGGCCCGUUCCCCGCAGCCAACGAAUCCAAACUGUGGCCUGGGAAUCCACCCAGUCCUUUUCUCCAGCUGCCCAACUCCACAGCUUUGAUCUGGGCUCCCAACAUCAGUGCUCCGCCUGCUGGCGCCCCUCAGCGCCUCCGGCUCUUCCUGUCUCCAGAGGACUCCUCCUGUGUGAAAACCUGCCAGGAUGCGGGUCUAAUCUGCGAGCCAGCUUACUUUCCUUUCAUCAACAAUAUGGAGGCCUUCAAUGGGCUUAACGCUCAGUGUGAGUCGCUAGAAGCGGAGAAGAACCACGUGUUUCCAGCCGUGCAUGUGGACAGGAGAGAGUGUUUCCAGCAAAAAGAGCCGCUGCUGUUCAGUUGCGCCGGAGUCAGCUCCAAACACCAGCGGCUUUGUCCGUGCAGAGACUACUUCCACGGCCAGGUGGCGCUAUGCAAGGACUGCCUUUGAGCUUUCACCAGAGCCCUCCUGAGAUGUCUGUGGUAAACUGAGGCCAGUCCUGGACAGUGAAAACUGUCCCUGGAACGCAGCAGGUUGGUGGGAAUUGUCGGACCGAGGUCACUUGAAGUGUCCUCAAUCUUGGCCACUUUGAUUCAACGCUAAACUUUGCCUCCGUGUGAGCUAGAGAUGGUAAGCGAGAUGGUAACCCGAUGUCACGAGGUUCACCAUCUAUGGAGUCUUUCUGACAGAGCUAGGCUGCUGAGGGUUUCAAGAGUGGACGAUGUGAGCGGAAAAUAAAUGCAAAAUACGGUUUCGAGUUUGGAGCUCCUUUGUGAUGCAGGUCAGACUCUAGAAGCUGUAGCUUUGGGAAUGCUGAAAGUGCCGGAGCUGUACAUGAAUUUUAAAGUCAACAUGAAAGAUUAUAGAGAGCUGCGGGGCUGAUGUGUUUUUGUAGGCCAGAACCCAGAAACAAGAUGCAUCUCAGCGAUUCCGUCCUGGAGUCAAUGGGGUUUGGGGUUAAAUGCCUGAUAAAGGUCUAAAGGUCUUAACACAAACUCAAAAUACUUUCAUGUUUUAUUCUACAACAUAAAAUACAUCAUACUCGCUCGCGAUUUUCAAAUCAAGAUGAUUCAAGCUUCCAGGUUGGCCUACAGAAAUACAUUACCAUUGCAGAUCUCUAUACACAACCCAUUGUAAUGUGUUAUAUUUUAAAGAAUGGGAGAUAUUAGCAAACGACAUUAUGAUUUGGACGAAUAGGAGAUUCACAGAAGCAUAGAAUGAGAUGUGAUUCCGUCCAUUGGGAUGUGACUGGAUUGUGAGAAAUGGCUGUUACUUUAUUUGUUUUUAUUCUUUUUUUUUUUUUUUUUUUUGCAAACCCUGCCUCGCAGCCGAAUUAAUCUGUAAACAAAAUCACACUUUCAUCUGUAAAGAAAAGUUCAGACCUAAUGCAUUCGGCAUUGAGUUCAAAAAAUGUAUGGAUCUGAUUGCGACAAACAGUGCUGCUAUUUAUUCAGAUGUUCUGCCAGCUGUAUACCGAGGUUAAGGUGUAAGGCUUAGAUUGGGUUUAAAGGUUAGUAUUUGUUUCAGAGUUGCGUAGGCUGUGAUUGACACAGCCAGUGAGAUCUUUAGAAGCGGUUGCCAGGAUUUAGAGUCACACAAUGAAGCCGAGUUGGCACUGGUAAAAGAAAAUCUUUUGAAGCAUCUUUAUCAUGCACUUUCGAGGAGAAUGUUUGACCAGAAUUCACCUGCUUUGCCAACAACGGUAUCCUGAGACAGCCUGACUAAUAUGUAUUUGGCCACUUUUUAACAUAAACCCUUUGAGACACAUUGGUGUAGCCUUGCAUUAGAGUUUCCAGUAGGAACAUUUUUGUGAUGUACAAUCAAGCUUUUUUUCUUUUGAAUAAACUGAAAACUAAAAAGAACCUCAAAUCACGCUAGCCAAUGUCUUAUUCAUAAUAAAACAUAGAUAACAUAUGUUUAAACUGAGAAAUUUUACAGUUUUAUGCACAAAAUGAGCUCAUUUCAUUUGGGACAGGGGCAUGUUUACCAAAGUGUAGCAUCUUCUCUUUUCAAAACAGUGGUCAUAUUUGUUUUUUUUUUGUUGUGCACAAAAUGUUUUGCUGUUGUAAUAGUUGCGGUAUGUGGUUUUGGCCUUUUCUGAAAUAGACGUCAUCUGGAGGGAAGCAUAUGUUCCUAUAAAACCUUUACAACCCUAUAUAACCCUUUCAACCCUAUACCUUUCAGCGUUCGUAGUGCCUUCCAAAACAUGUAAGCUGCCCACAUCGCAUGCACGUGCGCCUGCUAGAGCUUUAGUUGGCAUCUGCAGAUGGAGAAGGAGAUUGUGUUUACCGACAGUGGUUUCUGGAAGUAUUCCCAGGCCCAUUUAGUAAUGUCAAGAACAGAAUCAAGCCGAUGAGCGAAGCAGUAUCGUCGGAGAACCCGAAGACCACAGGCAUCCAACAAAGGUCUUCGGCCUGGUUCCUUAUGCAGAUUUCUCCAGUUUCUUUGAAUAUUUUGAUGAUUUAGACGAUGAGAUUUGCCAAGCCAUUGCAAUUUAUCAUUGAGGAACAUUGUUUUCAAAGUAUUCCAAACUUUUUACACAUUCUUUCACAGAUUGCAGAACCUCUGCCCGUCUUUACUUCUGAGAGACUCUGUCUCUCCCUUUUAUAGCAAGUCCUAGAUGUUCUCCCAGCUGAAUCUUUUCAAACUUGCCUUUUUAACCCUUUUAUUGCCCCUUUGCCAACUAUUUUGAGACCUGUUGCAGGCAUCAAAUGAAAUUAGCUCAUUUAGUGGAUACAAAAAGUAAAAUUUAAACCUUUGUUGUGUUCUCCACUACUAAUAGUAAUGACAACAACAAAAACAUCCCAAAAUGUGUAUGUAUGUUUGAUCAGGAGAAGAAAAAGCAGCUUGCACAUUGGAUAUGAUGUAUUAGAUGUAGUUUCUAUGCAACUUUUGGUCCGCAUGGUUGCUGCUACCUACCAUCUCGAUAUUUUACACUUUUUAAAAGGUAACAUACAAUUAUACAAUUAAUUAUUACGUUUUAAAACAUGGUGGUCCGUCACAUCAAUCACUAUGCAUGUAAAAUAGUUCGAUGGAUUUAAAGAGGAAAGGUAAAACAUGGCAGCAUAAUCAAGAUCCACGUUAACUCUUUAUUUUAAGGUGACUUCACAAAUUAAUACCGAGUAAUACUGAUGUACUUACUCUAGGGUUAUGGUUAGGGUCUGUUUUGCAGUUAGUUGCUUGUAAUUAUGCAUAUUUUAUUGUUAUUACAUAGUAAUCGCAUGUAUCACAUGUACUGUCACUUUAAAAUGAAGCGUUUCCAGAUCCAGCGAUCUUUUUUGCGUAUCACUGAAUGCUCUGAAAUCACAGCCAACAAAUAAAUGAACUACAUCAAUCAGUCACAAAGCCUAAAAUGCGCUGCUUAACAGACCUCACAGACAUUCGAUGCCAAACCAAUAAAUCGAACUCACGUUGAUAUUAUUGAUCGGUUUUAUAAAAUGUUCAUGACCGCAAAACUAAAUGCCUGAGCCCGAAGGGUUAGCUGGUACCAGCCUAGGCGGAGCGAGUUAUUACAUUUUGACGAAGGUCUACAGAGAACGCUUUCUUGAGAAUAACGUGUACUAUAAGACCGGCUGUGCAUAUUAUGUAAUUAGAGUCAGUUUUUGGUUUCAUGUUGACUUCUAAGUUCAUAUGGAAUGAAAUUAUCUGCUGUGAAAAAAAAACCAAAAAACAAUCUCUGCUUGCAGAGAACAGAUGUGAAAUAUUUACUGAUUUACUCAACUUCAUUGUGUAAAUAUGUGCAUUUUACAUAUUUCAUAUGCGCUAUUGUUUGUACAAAAUAAAAUAUACUUUUAAAA